AUGAAGGAACCGUCGUGUGGUGAGCGCCACCUGCAGGACCAGGCCUUCACCUCGGCGUCCUCAUCUAGGGGUGCCAGUCACGCUUACGUGGAAGAGGAGGGCAGCCCGCGCCACACUCAUGGGGUCUUCUGCAUCCAAGGCUGCCCUCCAGGCGACCCCCAAAGAGCCCAGGGAGCCCAAGCCGAAACACUUGGCCUGUGCCCGGCGUGCUCCCGCCAGCCUCCCCCUGGCGACACCCGCACGCGAGGCGUCGUGUGGAUUCUCACUUCCAAUCGUCUCGAAGCACAUCUAAUACAGUACAUCAAUGAAACAAAUAUGAGCGUUCAACAUCUGGCUGAUGUUCUUCAUAGGAAAACGAGGAGCAGUAACUGGGUGGUGGUGUUCAAAGCUCUGGUUACUGUGCAUCAUCUCAUGGUCCACGGAAAUGAGCGUUUCAUCCAACAUCUUGCAUCUCGACCCUCUUUCUUCACGUUACACAGCUUCCUGGAUAUAAGCGUCAUAGAAGGUUAUACGAUGUCAGCCUUCAUCAGACGGUACAGCAGGUAUUUGAAUGAAAAGUCACUCGCAUACAGACUGAUGGCAUCUGACGUUACAAAAAGCAAGAGAGGGAGAGACGGUGUGAUAAGAGCUAUGAGUACUGAACAGCUGCUAAAGACGCUUCCAGUUAUUCAAACCCAGCUGGAUGCUCUUCUUAAUUUUAAUGCAAAUCCUGAUGAACUAACUAAUGGUAUAAUACGUGCUGCUUUUAUGCUUCUCUUUAGAGAUGCUCUUCGUCUCUUUGCAGCCUAUAAUGAAGGGAUCCUUAAUCUGCUAGACAAGUUUUUUGACAUGAGGAAGAACCAGUGCGAGGAGAGUUUGGGGAUUUACAUGAACUUCCUCGGAAAAACAACCAAAUUGACACAGUUCCUGGAGGUUGCAGAGCAAGUUGGAAUUGACCAGAGCAACAUUCCAAAUCUUACUCAGCCACCCCGGAGUUCCCUUGAAGCACUAAAACAGCAUUUAGCUUCUUUGGAAGAGAAAAACAUUUCACCACCUUGCAGCAAGACGACGGUCGCUGAGAGGGAGCGUGCGGGAGAAGCGCAGGCACAGCCGGGCUCUACUCAGUGCUGGACACUCGAGGCCAGGAAGCAGCCGCACGUCGUGCAGAUAAAGCAGUUGCAGGAAGCGGGGCCGGAUCUCGCCAGCACAAAACGGUUUGUUAAGGAGCCCGUGCUUGCAACCUGA